AUGCCUGCCCACGCUGAGCGACUCACGCGCCCCAAAAACAUGUCUGAGGAGUUAUCGGGAGUGACUGUUGUGAUAAUCAUCGGUUUAGGUGUGUUGACUUUCAUCCUACUGUUCAUUUUCGCCAAGAGGCAAAUAAUGCGGUUUGCGCUGCGGUCCCGCCGCGGCCCCCACGUUCCGAUCGGGCACGACGGCCCCAAGGUCCUGAAGCGCGAAAUUGAGCGCCGAAUUGAUGUGAUUCCCCGAAUCAUUUGUGACCCCCAGCUGAUCAGUAAAAAGGACCCGAGGUACAUUGUGUACCCCGGCCAGCAAAUUCCGGCUCACUAUUACCGGCUCAAAGCCGUCGAUGAUGUGAAAACUUUAGAGUCUGAAAUCACGAGACAGGAUAGCGCGUUUUACCGCCACCCUAGCGAGAAUCUCCGAGCUUAUUUGUUGACGACUUUGGCGGCCCCCUUGAACGGGAGCGGCCAAAGGCUGAUUCACCAAUUUUGCGAUCUGUACGAGCACGCAAGACAUGACCCCAACCCCUUCGGUGACGAGGAGUACCAACAGUAUAACCGGCUUUUAAUGAAAUUAAUCGACGCUUCUAAGCUGCUUAAAGCCUACAACAGUCGGAAAUCGUCGCCGAAUCGGACGCCACAUCGACAAAAACAACCACAAGAGAAAAAUAAAAAUUUAUUGGACCCAACUAGAUUACAUCCAUUGCCUCCGAACUUUGCCGAAGACGAGGUUUUGGCCGUUUCGGAUUCACGACCCACGUCACUGAGCGUCCCAUUGGCCGAUAACGAGACUUCAGUAUGAUCCACAUUCGAGGUUUAGAUAUUUGGUCCAUUUCAUGUUUUUGCAAAAUUCCGAUUCGUGUCGCAAACUUUUCAAACUGGAUAACACCAUGUCGGUGAAUCCCCGGUUUAGGGUUUUUGCCGUGUACGUGUGGUGAAACCACUCAAGAGCCUGAAAAUCGGGCGUUUUAAAUUAUGAAAAUUCGAAAAGUCCGGACCUGUGUCACACAAAUGCUCCAAUGAUUGACGUCCAAAAGCGUAGCAAUGGCCCGAGGGAACUUUUCGUACAUUUCCUCACUUUUGUAACCCUCUACAAAGGCCAAAUGUCCGGAAAAUACGAGCGUGGCGAGUACGAAAACAUCGCUCAAGAAUUGUAUUUCUUUAACGUCCGAUUUUUCAACUGUGAUUGCCUGAAUCUGGCCGAGUAAUUCCAACAGCCACAGCACACAUUCGGUGUUGUUUUGGUGUUUUUGGAACACUUGAGCGAAGUUUUCGAACAUGAAAGGUGUGACACUAGAAAGGAAUUUUUACGACUUUGAUUAUUUCAAUUGGCUGUUAAUUACGUUGGGAAUUUACAGCCGUGUUCGAUUAAUUCAUUAAGCAGGUUUAAAGGUGACUCUUGGGUGAUUAAAGCCAAAGACGAGCGGAUUUUUACCGCUUUUUUGAACCAUUCGUUUCGCAUUUCUUUGACCGUUUUAGGCGAGGUCAAGUCAUUUAUGCAUUUAAUUGGGAAAUGGACAACACAGUCAAGCAAAACUUGAAAUAACUGCAAAAAAUUAUCAAGCGACUGAUUUUCUCAUGUCGGGUGGCUACUAUAGACUGGUUCUUGUCAGUGCCAAUUAAUUUUUUGGCACAAACUUAUAGGCACCCGGUAUUUACCUUUGAUAUAAUCGAAGUUUCGGCCAAAAUGUCACUGAUUAUUUGCGCAAUUACGAUUUUGUUAGCCUCUUGUAUCUCUUUGUUACGUAAAGUGUUUUUUACGUAGAUUAGUAUUUCGUUUAAUUGUUUUUCGUCUCCGUUUUUAAAUAAAUCAACACUUGUUGUAA